AUGCUCGUAAAAUCUGUAAUAAGGCAAGCUGCUAGUCUUGCGUCAACAACGACAGCAACAGCGACAAAACCAGCUUCUCGACUACGACUGAGAAAAGCUGCAUUAACGUUGACGCCUGCUGCUGUUUCCAGAUUGAAGACACUAUCGGAUGGUCCCACACCCAAAUAUUUAAGGGUUGGUGUUAAGCAUAAAGGCUGUUCUGGUAAUGCCUACGAUUUACAAUUCACAGAUCAUAAAGGGAAAUUUGAUGAAGUCGUAGACCAAGAUGGUGUAACUGUAUUAGUCGAUUCAAAAGCUCUUAUUACAGUAUUAGGAAGUGAAAUGGACUAUGUUCAAGAUAAACUGUCAGAACGAUUCGUUUUUAACAACCCGAAUGCAAAAGGAACAUGCGGCUGCGGAGAAUCAUUUGCGCUUUAA